AUGCAACACAACUUUUCUUUUAAUUCAACAGCCAAUGAUUGCAGCAACUACAGUGUUAAUCAUGUGCUUGGCAUUUCAAUUCAGUUGACUAGAAUAGUCGUCCUUGUUCCCAUCUACACCCUGGUUUUUUAUCUUGGCCUCCAACAAUGGAGACAACACCACUCCUUCUCAACAGCCAGCCACUUUGAUAUCUUCACCUACAAUAUGGCUGCCCUACAGUUAAUCUGGGUUUGGGCUUCAGUCAUUUCAAUAUUAAGUUCAUUCACUGGAAUCCCACAGACAGUUGAAAUGUUCCCUUUUCUGUUUUGCAUCGCUUGGUUUGGAGAGAACUUCUUUCACGUCCUGACUUGUCUGGAGAGAUACCUGGCUGUUGUCCACCCCAUCACCUACAUGAGGCUGAGAAAGGCUCGUGGAAUCAGGAUCAGGAACAUUAGCAUAGUCUGUGUUUGGGUUCUGACACCUUUGCUGAGCGGCCUUGUUUAUGUGAACUUUCACCCUCAGUUCCUAGUCAGUUUUCUGACCCCUUUUGGCGUCUGUUUGGCUGCUGUGACUUUCUGCAGCUUCUCUGUUCUCUAUGUUCUGAUUCGUCCUGGUCCUGGAGAGGGAGGCCGGAAUGGGGGACGGGUUGACCGAUCAAAACUAAGAGCUUUCAUCACCAUCACUGUGAUAUUGGUGGUGCUAUGGCUGUGGUUGGGUGGGAUUCUUGUGUCCUACACUCUUUAUGGCUCUUAUCUUGUGGGUAUGGAUGUCAAGUGUUCGUUAAUGACGUGUGUUUAUGUGUUCAACAUUCCUAGUUCGAUGGUCUCACCUCUGCUGUAUCUACACAGGGCAGGAAAACUGUCAUGUUCCUGGUACAGUAAAGGCUGA